AUGGAGAAAAAUCCUGGAGUUGUGAAAAGGGAGGAUCAAAUGGAAUUACCUCCUGGAUUUAGAUUUCACCCCAUAGAUGAAGAACUGAUCACUCAUUAUUUAUCAAAGAAAGUUCUUGAUAACAAUUUCUCUGCUAUAGCCAUAACAGAGGUGGAUAUGAACAAGAUCGAGCCAUGGGAUUUGCCACGGAGAGCAAAAAUGGGAGAAAAAGAAUGGUACUUUUUCUGUGUAAGAGACAAGAAGUAUCCCACUGGUCUUAGGACAAACAGGGCUACUGCUGCUGGUUAUUGGAAAGCCACUGGAAAAGAUAAAGAAAUAUUCAGAGAAAAAAUUCUUGUUGGAAUGAAGAAAACCUUGGUUUUCUACAAGGGGAGAGCUCCAAAUGGCGAAAAAUCGAAUUGGAUUGCUCAUGAGUACAGACUAGAGGGGAAAUUCUCUAUCCACAACCUCCCAAAACCACCCAAGAAUGAUUGGGUGAUUUGCAGAGUAUUUCACAAAUGCUCAAGUGUGAAAAGGGAUGCAUUUAAUGAGUUGGCUCCUUCAACUCUUCCAUCUUUAAUGGACUCAUCGCCAUUUGUAUCUGAAUCCAGUCACGUGCACUGCUUCUCCAAGCCAGUCGUUGCUGAAAUGAAUCGAGAAGAUGUGGUUCCUUGUUUCAACGACGUUUUACACCCUUCCUCUGCUAAUCCAAUGGAUACUUUUCCCAACUCCAAAAAUCAGAAAGAAAUGGUCAGCGUCUCACAAGAGUCUGGCACAUGCACUGAUAUCAACACUGAAAUUUCUUCUGUUGUAUCUAAUCAUGAUGGUGGAAGGCUUAAAGAUCUGCAGAAUUUGGGCUGCGUUUGGAGUUACUGA